UAAAAGAUUACCGGUCAUAUCUAUGGGUACCAAUACUUAUAAAAAUAGAGUAAAUGAUGCGGUACAUCUGAGUGGUGAGGAGUUUGAUCAAGAUGAAGUUUCUGCUGGUAUUGGCGUUGUGUGCUGUGGUUUACGCUAAGCAUGAAGCAUAUAUCGGGUGGAAAUCCUACUAUGUAGGUGUAGCUACCGAUGCUCAGGCGAAAGCUUUGGAGCCCCUUAUCCAGAAGUAUGAACUGGAUUUCCUCAGCCACCCAACUAAAUCACGGGAAGGCGUAGUCCUGGUUAAGCCUCAACACCAAGCUGGAUUUGUCCAGGAUAUAGAAGCUGGAGGAAUUACUUACAGGAUCCAUGCUGACGAUGUCAAAAGGCAACUUGAAUUUGAUGACCAGCUUAUCGAAAUGCAGAGGAUGUCUUCAUUUACCAGAACUGCUGGACGCCAACUACCUUACGAUAACUAUCAGGAAUUGGAAGUGAUUGAUGAGUACCUCGACUACAUUGGUGAAAAAUAUCCCGAUGUUGCUACCGUAGUGAAUGCUGCUGAAUCCUUCGAAGGUCGUCCCAUCAAGUACAUUAAAAUCUCCACCACCAACUUUGAGGACGAAAACAAGCCCGUCAUCUUCAUCGAUGGUGGUAUCCACGCCAGGGAAUGGAUCUCUCCCCCCUCUGUUACUUGGGCCAUUCAUAAGCUGGUUGAAGAUGUUACUGAAAACGACCUUUUGGAGAAGUUCGACUGGAUUCUUCUGCCUGUUGUCAACCCUGAUGGCUAUAAAUAUACUUUUACCAACGAAAGAUUUUGGCGCAAGACUCGCUCAACCAAUAAUAACCCACUCAGUCAGAUCUGCCGUGGAGCUGACGGCAACCGCAAUUUCGAUUUCGUGUGGAACUCCAUUGGUACCAGCAACAGCCCAUGCUCAGACAUCUACGCCGGUACUUCAGCCUUCUCCGAGGUCGAAACCAGGGUCGUCAGAGACAUCCUCCAUGAACAUUUAGCACGCAUGGCUCUUUACCUCACCAUGCACAGUUUCGGAAGCAUGAUCUUAUACCCAUGGGGACAUGAUGGUUCCUUAUCUCAAAAUGCCCUUGGUCUUCACACUGUGGGCGUCGCUAUGGCUUCUGUUAUUCAAAGUAAUGCCCUUCCUAACUUCCCUCCUUACACUGUUGGGAACUCCGCUCUUGUGAUUGGGUAUUACAUCGCAGGAUCUUCGGAAGACUAUGCCCAUUCUAUUGGAGUGCCUCUGUCUUAUACCUAUGAGUUGCCCGGUCUUUCAUCAGGUUGGGAUGGCUUCCAUUUGCCUCCUCAGUACAUUGAACAGGUUUGUCGUGAGACCUGGGAAGGUAUUGUUGUUGGUGCAAGACGAGCUGGUGAUUUGUUCAGAAAAUAAAUUAUUUAAGUUGAUAAAAAA